GAAUUUUGAGGUAUAGAUUUAUUUCAAGAAUUGAAAAUAAUUAGUUACCUGUAUUAACUUCCUAUUUUAUAUUUAUAUCUGAAAUUCUAACUGUUCAAUAUUUACUUUGAUAAGUACUAGCCUAUUUAAACAGUAAAUCAAUCCAUUAAAUAAUUCAUAGAAAACGUCCAGAUUCUCAAUAAUAAAAAACACUAUCAGCGCAAUCUCUGUAGGAUUAAAAUGUAAAACACAAUGUAGCUGCUCUUGGUAAUUACAGGAAGGUUGUUUUAUUCUAUCUAUUUUAGAACACACUUCUUCACCAUCAUUUUCCUUAAAACAUCAUAAAUGCAUUAAGGAAAGAGUUCAUAUAUGAUAACAAGAUGUUACUGAUAUACGGUUUUUGAUCGUAUAUCAACAACGUCUAUCACGGUCUGUAAUCAUUGUUCAUUACCGUUUGUCACGGUCUCUGAUGUCCUUCAACUAGCGUCUGUCACAGUCUGUGAUGGUCUCUAAUUAGUGUCUGUCACGGUUUGUGAUGGUCUUUGAUUAGUGUCUGUCACGGCCUGUAACGAUCUUUUAUUAGCAUCUAUUACGAUCUGUGGGAGAAGCAUGAAGCAUCUUUUACAUUAUGUUUCACAAAAAAAUUGUUAGAAUAGAUCAUUUCAUUAAAAUAGAAUUUUUCAAAAUCCUUACAAUCGGAAUUAUCAUAUUCAUGUAUAUAUAUUUAAUCAGAUUACUUUAGGAGCAAGAUCUACAUGAUUGAAAAAUUUUCUUCCAAACUAUAGAAAUUUGUUACUAUAAAACAUCUCUCACAAGGCAAAAAAUCGCUUGAACAGGUUAACUUUACAAGGAAUUAUUAGCCCCUGCAUGAUCGAUAUGUGUAAUCGGUUAAAAGUGUACUCAUCAGAAGUUAGAGAUAACAAAUACCGGGUCGGACGUCACUUAACUGAGAUGAGAUCCGGCUGAUUCCAAAUCAAACCAAAAUCAAUUCAAUGCGAUCCGAAAAAAAAUGAACCGACUCGAUUUCUAUCACUUACCUUCAAAUUUUAUCAAAGAUUAGAUCGUUCAAGGCUUAGUAAAUUGUUAAAAUACGACAAUGACUUUACAGAUCUGAAGCAUUUCAAGUUCCUAUUAAGAAGUACUUCGUAUUGAACAACGUUUAAUAAUUACAAAUGUUCCCAAAGAAAAAAAAAUUUUUUUUGUUAUGUCUAAAAGUGUAUUAUGUUCUUUUUGUUAAGGAUAUAUAUGGUAUGGGAAGUCAUUUUUAUGUUGCUAAAAAACUUCGUUCUGGUCAAUUACAUAUAAUUAGUGAAUUAACAAAUUCAAAUGAUGACAUAACAUUAGACAAAAAUGAUCUUUCAAAUUAUCGUCAUAUUAUUGUUUUUAAACAUCCAUCAACGUUACCAGAUACAGUUCUACAAGGUGAAGAAUUCGAACCAAUAAUGUUAAAUAUAGUCUAUGGUUUUCCUGAUGCACAUGUUCAUGCAUCACAAUUACAAACUACACGACAUAUAUCAAAAAAUACUACAUUAUUUGAAUUAAAAAAAAUUCUAUUUUAUGAUUAUUAUCAAUAUGAUGAUCCACAAAUUUUAAGACAAGUUCGUAUGGGUAAAUUAAAUUUAGAAGAAAAAAAUAAUCGUAAAUCACGUCGAGAAUAUAAAACUGAUGAAGAAAAACAAACAUUAGCACAAUUACAUUUACA